CUUGCGCCUGCUGAUCGAGGACUACCUGCGUGGAAGCUGUUGGGUGCAGCAUUUGUCUUUGAGGCUCUACUAUGGGGGUUUCCUCUCUCUUUCGGCGUUUUUCAGAAUUAUUACUCCAAACAACCCGAGUUUGCCAGCAGCCGUUACAUCUCAGUCGUAGGCACUGUCGCCUCGGGCAUGUCUUAUCUAGGAGCUCCCCUAAUCACUCCAUUUAUCAACCGUUUCCCGCGGUUGCAGAGAAAAAUGAUUUGGGUUGGCUGGCCAAUCUGCAUCCUUGGGAUCGCGCUCGCCUCCUUCUGCUCCAGCGUCGAGACGCUCGUUCUUACUCAAGGCGUAGCCUACGGUCUGGGAUUCUUGAUAUUCUACUACCCUAUCCUCAACAUGGUGAACGAGUACUGGAUCGCCCGCCGUGGAAUGGCCUACGGCCUUCUAUGUAGCGCCUCGGGCGUUUCUGGAGCAGCCAUGCCCUUUCUCAUUCAGACCCUGCUGGACCGCUAUGGCUACAGGACUACACUGCGGGCUACCGCCGUGGGGCUGUUCGUUUUAACAGGCCCCUUAAUACCUUUGCUUAAGGGACGCCUCCCAAUCGCCUCGCAUAGCAGUAGUCCAGGUACAGACUGGAGCUUCGUCCGGGCGCCUCUGUUCUGGGUCUACUCUGCCUCCAAUAUCAUGCAAGGCAUGGGUUACUUCUUCCCGUCGUUGUACGUGCCCUCAUACGCCGCAUCUCUCGGCCUGAGCAGCGUAGAGGGCGCUUUGCUCUUGGCGUUGAUGAGCGUCUCCCAGGUCGCAGGACAACUCACAUUCGGCCUGCUGUCCGACCGCAAAGUCUCACUCAACGUGCUCACGACGGCAUCCACAGCCAUCUCAGCCGCCGCAGUCCUUGCACUCUGGGGAUUUGCUCGCUCUCUGCCGCUUCUCGUCAUGUUUGUGCUGCUCUAUGGCUUCUUCGGCGCUGGCUACGUGGCCAUGUGGGCACGAAUGGUUACGGCAGUGAGCAGCGAUCCCACGACAGCGCCAUUCAUUUUCAGCCUGUUUUGUUUUGGUAAAGGAAUAGGCAAUGUUCUUGCUGGACCCAUCAGCGGUAAUCUAUUGGCUCAGACUGUGUCUACCGAGACAUACGGGCUUGGUAGAUAUACGGGCAUUGUUUUCUUUACUGGGGCCUCCAUGGUUCUCAGUGCGCUGCCUGUUGGU